AUGUCGGCUCUCUACUUAAUCGCAACAACCGGUAAGCCUCAAAUCAAAGAGCGCGAUAAACUUAGUGCUGAUUUCCUCAAUUUUCUCGAUCGCUGCCUUGAGGUGGAUGUUGACAAGCGGGCCACCUCCAAAGAGCUGCUUAAGCAUCCUUUCAUCACGCGGCGUGCGAAGCCUCUCUCUUGCCUUACUCCAUUGAUCCUAGUAGCUCGAGACCAAGCCAAAGUGCAGCAAUGA